AUUAAAUGGAAAACGUGACGCCCGCAUAUAUUGUUGUCUAAGUCUAAUAAAUUAGCAACAUAGGCCCAGAGCAAAAUUACGUUGGUUAGAUUUACAAAAAUUGCGUUUAAGUUUAAAAACAAAGCUUACCGUGUGUUAACACAUGUACAAUUGGGUCGAAAAACAACUCUUAAGUAUUUAACGUGUAAAUAAAAUAAAACGAAAAACAACUACCUACGAAUAUUUCCGUUUACAUAUUUAUGUUGGUUUUUGUCAAUCGCACCAUAUAAAAGACACCCCGAAUCGAAUCGAAUUCCACUGUUCAACCGACUUUGGUAUCGAAGACGUACUUCUGGUACAACAAAGUGUUUGAAAAAAAAAGCCAUCAUGCAUUUUAAAAUUGCUGUUAUCCUCUGUGCGUUGUACUUCGUGACCAUGACACAGAGCGUCGGAAUCAACCAGGAUCAAAUCAAAAAGGUUGUCGAUUUAGUAAAAAAAAACGAAAACGCUAAGGACCAAAUUACCCCAGAAAACAUCAGAAAAUUACUAACAGAUUUGGGCGUCGAAGAGAAGAAUUUGGAAGGGUGUACAUACGAAGCAGACACAAAAGACGGUAAAAAAGUACAAAGUAUAAUUGUGUUUCUGACCAAAAACAAGAAGACAGAAGACCUCUGGACGCUCAAAAAUUUAUCAUCCCAAGAAGUAAUAGUAUACUUGAGCCUGUUCAUACAUUAUGACAAAGAAGGAGGCGAUUUGGAUGGUCUAGUUGACAGCGAUGAAUUAAAAAAAAUCAUUGAAGCUUUAAGUUUAAAUGAUGGCGAGAAAGAAAUUUUGACAGGAAAAUUUCAAGAUGACCCAACAGUUAAUUUCGCCGAAUUCUUGUACGGCUAUUUGGAUGUAAAACAAAUAGGCAGAGGUCUAGACAUGGAACAGAUUACAAAUCUAAGCAAUAUUAAAAAAUUCAAAACAAACGACGAUUGCAUUCAACCUGAUAAAAUAACAGAAUUUAUCCAAGGGUUAUCAAUAAUUGAUGGCCAGCAUGAGAAAUGGGAAUUCGAACGCUUCCAAAAAUAUGCCUUGGAGUUGCAAGAGCUGGUAGUCGUUUCAGCAGAAUACAAUAAAACGGCCGACGAGAAAAAAAGAAUCGUCAUUCCUAGCCCCGCAGUAAGAGAUUAUGUAUCGGGUUUCGCUUUUCACGAUACGAACCAAGACGGUUUACUCUGCGGUAAAGAACUUGACGAUAUUGUGGACAAGCAUUUAAAAGGAGCUACUGCUGCCUCUAUCCUGGUAGACGGCAAUGACAAUGGCGACGGGUGUCUUGAUAUUUUGGAGAUCUUAACCGUGACAUUUAAGCAGUUUGAGCAACUUAAAACACAUUGUCCCUGUCAUAAAUAAACGCUGAAAAGUUUUAUGAGUUUUUACUGAAUUGAAUAUUAUAUUAAAUGAUUUACAUACUUAUAUUUUUUCGGGAGUGCUUUAAUUGUGGGUAAUACAUUUUAUGUUUUAUGAUUCUUUUCAAAGCAGUAUAAUUGUACACAUAUAUUUUAAUUAUUUAAUGAUUUUAGUAA